AUGUCAGAAGCCAUGGACCUAGCCGCCCGCGGCGCCUCCGCCCUCUCCGCAAGCAACUUCCACGAAGCAAUCUCGCAAUACACGAAAGCGAUAUCCCUAAACCCCAAAGCCGUCGACUACUACAUCAAGCGAUCUACAGCUUACCAGCGCGCCUCCCCGCCGGACCACCAAGCCGCACUCCACGACGCAGAGAUCGCGCUCGUGCUCGCGGUCAAGCGCGCGAAGCGGGAGCUCAUCGCCCAGGCCCAGCACCGCCGAGCUAUAGCCCUGUACCAUCUGGAGCGGUACGGAGACGCGCAGUUCGUGUUUGAUAUCUUCAAGAAGCUCGACCCGAAGGACAAGACCCUACCGAUCUGGGAGGCCAAGCUCAAGGGGAAGGUGAAGGAGCUGGCUCAGGACAAUGAGAAGAUGAAAGUCACCGUGAAGGAGAUUCCGGAUAUAGAGCUGCCCACACCAGAGGCCGCAAAGGCCCCAGCAAACGGCGCCGCGACAUCUGCAGAGAAGGCGAACGGUAGCGCCGCCCAGACCUCCACUGCAGCAACUCCCGCACCGACAGCUGCCGGAGUCGUACAAACACCGCCUUCAAAGAUCAAACACGACUGGUAUCAGAACAACGACGCCGUCUACCUCAGCCUCCUCGCCAAGGGCGUCCCGAAAGACAGAGCAACCAUCAACAUCGAAGAGCGCGCCGUCUCAAUCUCCUUCCCAACCAGAACCUCCGAUUUCGACUUCACGCUCGACCCGCUCUUCGCGCCCAUCAACGCGUCAGCGUCGAGCUAUAAUAUCACGCCGAACAAAGUGGAGCUGGUGCUCAAGAAGGCGACGCCAGGCACCAAGUGGAAGAGUCUCGAAGCCCCCGCCGCUGCACCCAACGAGUCCGCUCCCACCACAACCUCAACAUCCGUCAGCCAAGCCCAGCCCAGCUUGCCAGCCCGUUCAGCCGCCGCCCCAGACGCGCCCCCCGCCUACCCAACCUCCUCCCGCACGGGCCCCAAAAACUGGGACAAGCUCGCGCGGGACCUCACAACCGCCAAGCCCACCAAACCCUCCACCGACGCCUCCUCCAACCCCUCCACCAAAGCCGCCGCAGAAGACGAGCCCGAGGACGACCCGGCUUGGACGCAAGAGGACGACUUCGAGAGCGGCGAUCCCGCGCAGAGCUUCUUCAAGCAGCUGUACGCGAACGCCAACCCGGACACACGGCGCGCGAUGAUGAAGAGCUACUAUGAAAGUAAUGGAACUGCGCUGAGUACGGAUUGGAAUGAGGUGGGGAAGGGGCCGGUGCAGACGAGUCCGCCGGAUGGGAUGGUGGCGAGGAAGUGGGGGGAGUAA